GCGCGUUGGCCCAGUCGCAGUUGCUAGUUGCUGUUGGUACACAUUUUCGAAGUCAGAGUCAAUUGAAUUUACCGUUAAAAGGAUUGACAAAGUGGCAAAAUUAAUGAAGUUAUUAAAUUUCAAAAGGACUGAGUAAUAAGGAAAUUGCAUUUCAAACCAAGCGGACAACAUGCGAGCACAAAUGGUAUGGGCUUGAAGCAUAUUGAGCAUACGCCACGUUGAGCGCAGUAAUACGACAACAUAUUGUUGGAAAAGGAGCAGAAAAAAGAAAACGACGAAGGCUUUCAAAACUAUUUGCAACAUCAUUUUUUGUUUGUCCUUGUAGAACUUUGCAGCUAGUAGCAGACAUGGACAUUGUCAUACGUGAGGAGGACAUAUCGUUGGCGCAGAUUGGUGUCUAUGCUUCAGUCUCCUUUCUGGUGGUAUCUGCUGUGGGCGCUGCACUCUACACGACCUGCUCCAGGCGCUAUCGUUUGAAUUGGUUCGAGAAAAAUCUGUUGGAGUCGGCCACUGAGAAGGAUGAGGAGGCGCAGAGUCGUGAGGCGCUAGUGACUGGCGCCGUGGGCUAUAAUGUCGAUAAUGUGAGUGAAUGUAUGCGUGGGAAAAUGAACAAUGCGGGCAAUCAAAGCCCGAGCUCGGUUAAGUCCGAUGAUCCAGCAUUUUGGGUGCCGGCUUCGUCAGCCUCGACGGCGGCCGUGCAACAGCAAGUCUCGAAUGUGACAGAGGAGUCUGCACCUCCUUCGCCCACCUCACCCACCGGCAGUCUGAAGUCGAACACGUUGUCCUUCUGCUCCACCACAUCGGUGCCCAUUGCACGAUCCGACAAGCAUGUGGUGCUGGCCAUGCAGCCAUCGCGUCCCAGAGUCUCCUCCAUGAAUGCCAAGCUGGAUCACACCAAAAUCGACAUGACCUUAUACAGAAGCCACUCGCAACCGAAACCCAUAACUGCAACAGAGAACAGUAAUAUGCGCGGUCAGUUGCAUGUGAGCAUCAACUACGAUCCGGUGGCGGGUCUAUUAACUGUUCGGUUGUUGGAGGCUCAGGAGCUGCAAUCACGUCAAUCAAGCGGAACUCCCGAUCCCUAUGCCAAGAUUCGAUUGUUGCCGGACAAAAAUAAUUUCUGGCAGACGCGCAUACACAAGAAGACCUUGAACCCAGUUUUCGACGAGCACUUCACCUUCGAGGUGAGCCCGAAUUCUUUGGAUAAGCGCACAAUUGAGAUCCUGCUGUACGAUUUCGAUGCAUAUUCUCGCCACGUUUGCAUUGGUGGUACGAAGCUGUAUUUGGCAAAUUUGGAUCUCAACGAGCCCCUCCAGUUGUGGACCCCACUGAGCACAGUCUCUGCCCAGGACCAAAAGAUGGACUUGGGCGAUAUUAUGGUGUCACUGGCCUAUCUGCCCUCAGCAGGUCGCUUAAUGGUCGUCCUAAUUAAGGCACGGAAUCUGCGAAUUGUAGACGAUGCACGAAACUCUUCGGAUCCGUACAUUAAGGUAUCGCUCCUGGGCCCAGGCGGCAAAAAGUUAAAGAAGCGCAAGACGGGCGUACAAAGAAAUACAAUCAAUCCGGUCUAUAAUGAGGCGCUGGCUUUCGAUGUGGGCAAGGAGACACUGAAGAGUUGUGUGCUCGAGUUUACAGUUGUACACGAUGGAUUACUGGGCUCUAGUGAAAUACUUGGACGUGCUCUUAUUGGCAAUUCACCGGAAGUACGUAUGGAAGAGAAAUUGUUCUUUGAGGAAAUGUUUCGUGCCAAAAAUGCCACUGCACAGUGGGUGGCCCUCCAAGAGCCUAUCAUACCGAACAACUUGAGGGGCACAGCCAAUGUGGCAACCAAAAAUUAAAUUGUUUUAAAGCUUUCUCAUAGUGGGGACAUGAACCAAAAGCUGAACAGCUGAGUGAGCAGCGCGUUAACAGUGGCAACUGUUGCUGUAUCCUCUGUAACAGAGCAAUGUUAACAUCAGCACAGAACCACCUUAGGGACAUCACAGGGAUACAUCGCCUAACGGAAACCGAUUCAUAUCUUGAGUUUGGUCGGGAAAUUGAAAAUUGAAAAGCUUACGUAAUAUAUAUACUAUAUACUACUAAAUAUCGUGCGCUUUUAAUGGUAUUAACUACAAAUAACCAAUGAAUAUAUAAGUACUUGAUAACUUUGUGUGCCAUAUAUACAUACUACUACGAGUAUAUGUCAAGAUGUACCUAAGGAUAAUAUAGAAACGUGUUUGCCUAUACAUACGUAUGCAUGUAAUAGUUAUAUAAGCGCUUGAAACAAGUGGCUAAUGUGUGCAAGGUAUGAUCUAAAUGAAGUGUGUAGUUUAAGGCAAACUCAACAAUUUAUAGAGAGAACCAAUAACAUAUUUAUGGAUAUACAUACUUGUAUGUAUUACAGCUGGUUUUUAUGAAGACGGUUUCAGGGCAAAACAAAAAGGGCACAAGUGUUGGGAAGAGAGUCUUUAGUCACUACUUACUGCUUUUUUCUGCAGUUAAUGCAAUUAUAUCAAUGAGUUUAUUAUGCAUGUCUAGUAAAUAACUUAACCAAUAUUGUGUAUUAGAAAAACUAUCAACCUAUUAACAUAAUUAUUGUAGCUAAUGUGAAGCAAAUCAGUCAAUGAGCUAAAUGCAAUUAUUUAAAUGUAGCAACAGUACAAUAGUUCUAGUCCCAUUAAAUUAUCCAGUACUUAGUAAUUAUCGCAUAUA